UUUAACAAGUCUACUGGUGACCAUAUCUCCAACCUACAACGCCACCCAAAGCCCGCUCCCAAAUAUAAAAGGGCAAAAACCCUAGUUCAUUAGCUUCUGCCGAUUCCCGCACACCAGAUCACCAGCGCAACCAUGGGUAUUGAUUUGAAGGCCGGAGGUAAGAGCAAGAAGACCAAGCGCACUGCGCCUAAAUCCAACGAUGUUUACCUAAAGCUACUUGUUAAGCUUUACCGUUUUUUGGUUCGAAGAACUGGUAGCGAUUUCAAUGCUGUGGUUUUGAAGAGGCUUUUUAUGAGCAAGACCAAUAAAGCCCCUCUUUCUCUCUCCAGACUUGUUGAGUAUAUGCAGGGCAAGGAUGAGAAGACCGCAGUUUUGGUGGGAACUGUGACUGAUGAUAUUAGGGUUUAUGAGGUGCCUUCCAUCAAGGUUUGUGCACUGAGGUUCACUGAAACUGCCAGGGCUCGUAUUGAGAAGGCCGGUGGCGAGUGCCUUACUUUCGAUCAGUUGGCUUUGAGAGCUCCUCUUGGCCAGAACACGGUGUUGCUUAGGGGUCCUAAGAACGCUAGAGAGGCUGUCAAGCACUUUGGCAAAGCUCCUGGUGUUCCUGGCAGUCACACCAAGCCAUACGUGCGAUCUACUGGCAGGAAGUUCGAGAAGGCUAGAGGUAGACGUAACAGCCGUGGUUACAGAAAUUAAGUCCAGUUUCAAGAUAGAAGAGCUAAUUCAUCUAUGUUUAAGACUUUUGUCAAUCGAUAUGUACUAUUUCGUUUUGUGUGUUGGUUUUCCUUGAUAUUAGCAAAGCAUAUUAUUAGUUAUAGCAAAGCAUAUCAUCAGUUUUGGAGGUUAAUUUUGUUGAAGAUUGCUAUAUCUGUGUUGCUUUUGCUUAAGAAUGUCGCGUAGAAGAAAAUUUUGAUUGAAAUGACCCGUGUUUGUGGGAAAUUGUUCUGUCCUAUUUAUACUGUCACCAAAUACUGUCUUGCUUCAAUUAUGUUUAUUAGUUAUAGCAUAUAUGGAAAUAUUUUUGGCAAA